CCACUUCCAGCCACGUGUCCGCCGCAGCGCGCUUCGCACCGAGCUGCCGCAUCUCCCCCCUAAGGCCAUUUGGGCCAUACACGCAUCCGCGCUCCGUGUCGACACAGCGCGCAUUCCCGCGGAGCCUUUUUGUUGACGGCGCUGGCAAAUGAGCCGGGGGAGGUGGGCUCCGCCGCCGCCGGCACUGCGAGGUAUAAAAGCCGCCGGGCCCGGGGUGCAAUGAGAUGUGGUUGCGGUGUACUAUGGAGGUUGGAGCUCUGCGCUGCGGCUGCCCGCUUUCAGUGCCGCUGCCCCCGCGGGGCUGCCCCUGCGUUCCGCACGAUUCCGCACCCUUCGCUUCUCCCUCCUCCUCUUCCUCGCCCCGCCGCUCAGUGCCCUUCUGGAGGCCGUGGGCGCCCGGCCCCGCCGCGGCGCGCAGUCCCCGCGGGCUGGCCGAGGCCUCUGGAAAGCCGGCUCAAUACGCGCACCCCGUGAGACUGUUUUGGCCCAAAUCAAGGUGCUAUGAUUACUUGUAUCAGGAAGCUGAGGCACUUCUGAAAAACUUUCCUGUUCAAGCUACGAUUUCUUUUUAUGAAGACUCAGACAGUGAGGAGGAUGAAGGUGAACUGGAGCAACAUGCAAGAACAGAAUCACAUUGCUGAUGGCAAGAAAGACCAAUCGAGACUACUUCUAUUAAACUUAAUAUAAAAAAUGUAUUACAGUAUUUUUAAAGAUAGUUUAUAUGUAUAUAAGUUAUUCUUAAUAAAAUUGGAAUGUUUUGUAA